AAGAGCUUUAUAUAUCCCAACAAAAACAAAAACAAAGGAGAAAAAGAAAGACUCUCUCAAAAGCAAAUUAAUUAAAGAGUGAAAAUGGGACUACAAGGUCAGCUCUCCGACGUCUCCUCCGAUUCGAUCCCUCUGAUGCUAGUCGCUCUCCUCGCCACCUUCUUCCGGCGCCUCCGCUCUCUUCUCCUCCUCCCUUCUACUUCUUCCCCCGUUCUUGUUGUUACCUCCGGCCUCUCUAACAUCAGCGUCCUCGCCGACCAUCUCAACCUUAAUCGCCUCUUCUCCUUCCGCUACGCCGAUGACGCCCCCUCCGACUGCAUCGUCUGUCUUUCUACUCUCAAGACCGGUGAACAAGUGAGGAAGCUCGACUGCAGACACGUCUUCCAUAAGCACUGUUUGGAAGGCUGGCUCCAACACCUCAACUUCAGUUGCCCGCUCUGUAGAUCUCCCUUAUUGCUACCUCAUCCCAGUCAUCCUCAUGCCCAUGGACCUGGAAGUGAUGCUCCUGCGCCGAUCUCAACCACCACUGCUACUGCUACUGCUACUGCUGCAUCAUCUCAUAUGUGAAGAGAAGAAGAGGGGAGGAUGCGUUUUUUGAUCUCGCGGCCCUUUCUCCUCUUUCUUUCCAAGAUUCUUCAUCAUUCAUUUCUCUUUAUUUAUUACUCUUCUUUUUCCUUUUUUGGAGGAUUCUCAGAUCGGAGAGGUCCUUUGUUCUUCAAGAGUUCCACUUGUGUUUUCAUGUAAAUAUAUUUUAGUAUGAAAAUAAUUAGUCUAGCUUGCCUUUAGAGUAAUCAAAUCUUUCUUCUUCUUUCUAUGUUAAAACAGAGUAAUCCAAGCUUUGCAAUUUAUACGCUCAA